CUGUCUUUCAUGUUAUUGUCAGCACUGGGGUAUUAGCCGGCAUUUGUUCGGGCCGACCAUCCAUUUUAGUGAGAGGGGACCUGCUAGUAUGCUAGCUGCUUGUAUGAGCAGUUUGCAUUGGUUUCAAUGGUGCGCUGGUUAGCUUCGGCUAGCGCGGCUAGCAUUUUUGAAACCGAGCUGUCAUGGCGCCUACAAAUUCAGUAUAUCAAUGAAACAAUAGCAGAACACUUCAAAUAAACAACCGCAAUCGUCCAAUUGUGUCCUCAUUUAUUUAUCGGCGUAUUUAACGUGAAUCUCAGUUGAGUAGCAAGUCAGUUAACGGCAUUUAGCUUUCGGGUGGCGGCUUUGUCUAUUUGCUGGAAUGCGGUUAAUGGCUGGCUGUGUGUAGCGCUGACAGAUGCGGUUGUUCGGUACGGUACGGGAUAAUGUUUGGCCGCCUGUCCAUGGCUGGGAUCCAUUAGAUUCCCGCAUCGUGGCUUCCGCUUCAGAUUAUAGUCGGAGCCCGUUUCAUGCAUGAUGUGAUGUGGCAAACGCUAGCUAGAGUCGGUAUAUUACGAUGGCCAGCAGGACACCUUAAUGUUAGGUUAAUACUUCGGAGCGAUUGUUAAAACACUUGCGUUACUGUAACAAUAUCUGCCGAUUUGUCGUCAUAUUACGACUAACAUAACUAUCGUAACCUUGUAAUUUAACCCAUAAUGUAAAGUUAGCUUUUAACUGAGCAGGGAUACAUUUAAUUCCAGCAUUUAUUCGCACUCCAUUAGCGUUGCACCAACUUGUCAGCUGCUUCCAUUUCCGCGGCAUUUCUAGCCGGUGAUGCGGUGGUUACGCGGCACAGCGAGCCACCCACUCAUUGGGCAUUCGCUGCAUGCGGUGGAGCCUGCAGCCGGCCUCCUGCCUUCUGCCUCCUGCCUUCUCCAGACCGCUUUGCCAUAGACUGCAGCUAGCAGCUAGCUAGUCUUUUUUUUUCCAGGAGAAAGCCAACUUGGAAAUUGUCGCGCUCAGUGAGCCUGGAGGGGGUUAGAUGGGAUGGACAGCAAAGGUAGCUCCCUGCCUUCGAUGCCUGAACCAGCCAACCCCAUAAGCAUGAAGCAGCCGCCAGAGUCCCUUAGUGUACGGAAAGGUCGAGGGGACAUGGGCAGUGAUCCCGCUCUGCUAAUGGACAAAGCUGCUGCCCAGCUGGCCGCCACACUACAAGACGGUGUCCUGCAGAAGAUGGCUGGCCACAGUCAUAACAACCACGAGAGGCUCAAAGACCUCACCUCCCGUGUGCUGAACGGGGACCAAGACGCGCUGCCCAAGCUUUGUGCUCCGGAGCCACCUAUGCUUAAGGGCGCUGAAGCCCCCGCUACGAAUGGCACCCAUCAGCACAAUUGCACUCCGCAUACUGAACCUGAACCUGAGCUGAAGGUGAUGAUACCCCAGGUGGUCAAGCAGCCACUGUUUGAGCCAUGCUGUGCCAGCGGGACCAGUCUGUCCACGGCCACUGAAGGUAUAAUAUCUGGACCUGAGAGACAGGACGUGAAGAAAAGGAGGGGGAGACCUAACAAACCAAAACCUCAAUCAAGCCUCAGUCCCUCGGCCACCCCUGUGGAGUCACUUGACCACACAUUUACUGUAGAGGGAGCUGGAGCAGCAGCAGACGAGCUUGAUCUCAUCCCAGAGUUGACAGAGGAGAUCACGGAAGUGUCUCCGCUGCUGAUCCGUUUCUCCGUCGGUGAUGUGGUUUGGACCAAGGUGUCAGGAUACCCCUGGUGGCCUUGCAUUGUGACCAUGGACCCAGAACUCAACAAUCACAUCAAACAGAAGCAGAAAGCAGCAAACAGCAGGUCGGGCCUCUUAUACCAUGUGCAGUAUUUUGGAGAUGCCCCUGAGAGAGGCUACAUCUUUGAGAAGAACAUUGUGUCCUUUACUGGGGAGGAUCAAUACCAGGAGCUUAGCCAGGCCAACAAACAACCAGCCUCCCGUGUCAUCCACAAAAAGACCGCUCCCUCCGUGCCCCGUAAACUCCAGGCUCAGUGGAACAUGGGCAUCAUUCAGGCUAAGGAGGCCCUCGGCAUGUCGCUGGAUGAGCGCAUGACAAACUUCACAUAUCUGUACGAUGACGACGGGCCUCAUCUGAACCCCCACAUCCUGGAAAAGUUGGUGCCCGAACCGGGCAGCGAGACGGAUCAGGAGACGGAGUCACGGCUCAGCCCGGAGCUCCCCUCGACGCUGUCGGGCCCUGCCGGUGAGCCCACGGCAGCCCCUCAGUCCCAAGACAGCACUUCAGCAGGAAAAAAGACACAAGUACCCAGAACAAAACUCAAAAUGGGAGAAUGGCGGAAAGGGGGCAAGAGCCAUCUAAACAAUUCCUUAUCGAAAAAGGACAUAAACGACACAGUUUCUUCCAAAGAAAUGUUUCAACUGCAGUCAGCCUCACAGGAUCCCGCCACUUCUGCACCAGAUAUACCAGCCGAAUCAGUCGUUCCUCCGAAGAAAAAGAGACGACCGAAACAGGCUCAGUCACCCACAAAGACCGUGAGGAGAAGGAAAAAACCUCCAACGGACAAUGCCUCCGACCCUGCGAAUAAAAGGAAAACAAAGAUCGAUUCUUUGAAUGACAAUAUCUCGGAGCCAGUCUCACUUCCAGUUUCAGUUCCAGUCAAGAGGGAGCGGAAGAAGACGUCCAAAAGGCCGCUGACGGACGCUUCAGCAGACAAAGAGCAGCAGCCCAAAAAGAGACGUAAAACAAAUAAAAAUGCUGAAAAACAGGCCUCAACUUCAGAGGGAACAGACAAAAAGCAGAGAAGAAGGAAGAAAACCGACAAAGACGUAAAAGAAACCAAGAAGCGACUGAAAAAGUCAAAAGCUCCCCUUACUGAUGACCAAGACGCAGAGAAACCAAAGCGUAGGUGGAAAAGGAAACAGGAUGGAGAGAACCAGGUUACGCCCUCUAAGGCAAAGAAGAGGCGGUCCUCCCCGUGUCCUGAGCCUGAGGGUUCUGGGAGCGAAGGACGUCCUGAUUCUCCAAGUGACAGUUUGGAUGGGAUAAAGAAGGGUGAACGAAAGAAAGAGUUUGUCUGCCAGGUGUGUGAGCAGGCCGGUGAGGACUUGGUGCCGUGUGAAGGCCAGUGUUGUGGGAUGUUUCAUCUCAACUGUUUGGGUCCGUCCCUCAAACCUGAAGAUAAGCUGCUGUGUCAGGAGUGCAGCACAGGAGUUCACUCGUGUUUCACCUGUAAGCAGUCGGAGGGCGAGGUGCGUCGCUGUCACGUCCCGCACUGCGGCAAAUUUUACCACGAAGCGUGCGUCCGCCUCAGCCCCCUCACCGUGUUCGACAACAAGGGCUUCCGCUGCCCGCUCCACACCUGCCUUAGCUGCCACUACGGCUGCCGCACCAAGCACAAGUCCUCCAAGGGGAGGUUGAUGCGUUGCCUACGCUGCCCCGUCGCGUACCACGUCGGCGACCAGUGCGUUGCCGCGGGCAGCGAGAUGAUCACCAACACCGCCAUCAUCUGCACCAACCACUUCCACGCCAAGAAGGGCUACAGCCACCACAGUCACGUCAACGUCAGCUGGUGCUUCGUCUGCUCCAAAGGAGGGCAGCUGCUCUGCUGUGAGUCUUGUCCGGCAGCUUUUCACCCCGACUGCUUGAACAUCGCUAUGCCUGAUGGGAGCUGGUUCUGCAACGACUGCCGAGCUGGGAAGAAACCCAAAUACAGAGACAUCAUCUGGGUCAAACUGGGAACAUACAGAUGGUGGCCCGCAGAGAUUCACCACCCCAGAAACAUCCCCACCAACAUCCAGCACCUUCGCCACGAGAUCGGAGAGUUUCCGGUCUUCUUCUUCGGCUCCAAGGACUACUUCUGGACUCACCAGGGCCGAGUGUUUCCCUACAUGGAGGGAGACCGGGGCAGCAAGCACCAGAGGACCGGCAUUGGCAAAGUCUUUAAGAAUGCUCUGUUAGAGGCUGAAGUUCGAUUCAAGGAGAUAAAACUGAAACGAGAGGCCAAGGAAGCGCAGGAGAACAACCGAAAACCACCUCCAUAUAAAUUUAUCAAGGUCAACAAACCUUACGGGAGGGUCCAGGUCUACACCGCAGACAUUUUCGAGAUCCCCAAGUGUAACUGCAAGCCGACGGACGAGAGGCCGUGCGGGUUCGAGUCCGAGUGUUUGAACCGCAUGCUGCAGUACGAGUGUCACCCUCAGGUGUGUCCCAGCGGCGAGCGCUGCUGUAACCAGGACUUCACCAAACGUCUCUACCCGGAGACCAAAAUCAUCAAGACGGCCGGCAAAGGCUGGGGCCUCGUCUCCCUGAGAGACAUCAAGAAGGGCGAGUUUGUGAACGAGUACAUCGGAGAGCUGAUCGACGAGGAGGAAUGCAGGGCGAGGAUCAAGUACGCCCAGGAGAACAACAUCACCGACUUCUACAUGCUCACCAUUGACAAGGAUCGAAUCAUCGAUGCUGGUCCGAAGGGAAACUACUCUCGCUUCAUGAACCACAGCUGUCAGCCCAACUGUGAGACGCAGAAGUGGACGGUGAACGGCGACACGCGGGUCGGUCUGUUCGCCGUCUGCGACAUCCCGGCAGGGACCGAGCUGACAUUUAACUACAACCUGGACUGCCUCGGCAAUGAGAAGACCGUCUGUCGCUGCGGCGCCCCAAACUGCAGCGGUUUUCUUGGUGAUCGACCGAAGAACUCAAACGGCCAAACAGCCGACCCAAAAGGGAAAAGGUUGAAGAGAAAGUAUAAAAAGAGGCGAGCUGAGGGAAAGAAGAAGUCUGAGGACGAGUGUUUCCGCUGCGGGGACGGAGGGCAGCUGGUGCUCUGUGACAAGAAGACCUGCACCAAAGCUUAUCACCUGUCCUGCCUGAACCUCACCAAGAGACCCUUCGGCCGCUGGGACUGCCCCUGGCACCACUGUGACGUCUGUGGGAAAAACUCGGAGGCUUUCUGCCAGCUCUGCCCGAACUCCUUCUGCAAGGCUCACCAGGAGGGGGCGCUGCGUCCCUGGCCCCCGACGGGACAGCCGUGCUGCCAGGAGCACGAUGAGCUGGAGGGAACAGACAACCAGGAUCAAGACGACACCUCCGAAACAAAAGUGACAGCGGCUACUGCCGUCGGCGGCCGUCCUCCUAAAGGCUCCAGGAAGGCAGAAGGAGCCGAGGCCAAAACCAAGGGCUCAAAGAGGAAAGCAGCAGAGGCCUAACAGUGACCUUUGACCCCCCCCUCCCUCCCCCUCAGAGAGCCAAAAGACCAAACAAAGACUCUGACACCUGCUUCCCCCGUUCAUGAACAAAUAUAAACCCCGUGUAAUGUCUUCAAGAUCACAAAAACCAAGGCACUGUACAUCUUAGUCAUCAGGGAAAGCUGCUGAUCUCUCGCGUGCUCAGCGACGGCCUCUAGCUCGCCGCUCAAACUUUUCAUAUUUUACUUUUGUAACAUUUUUCAGGUUUUUGUUUUUUAUUUCUGCACUGAGGCGAAACCAUCUGUGGUAAAGCACAAAGCAGCUGAGCGAGCGCAGGUCAGGAAACUUCGGCUAGCGGAUUCCAAUUCUCAUUCUUCCACCAACCAAACUGCCUUUUUUUUUAUUUCUGUUGUUGUCUUUUGUUUUUGUUUUGUGUUUUUUUGUUUUUUAGAAUAACAAAAGAAACCAGUUGGUUUCUGCAGAAAAGAAACUGAACCAGACGGCAGUAUAACUGAGCAGCGCGUGGCUGACGGCGGCACGUCACCGUCCGCUAACUUGAAUCUCGGCUCAGUCACCGCCCCUCACUCAACACAGAUGAUCUUGAACAGCAGAGUUUUAUAGCUAUUUCUAUAUAUGUGUAUAUCAAAGACCAAAAUUAUGAUUACUGGAAUAGUGUAAGACAUCAAACAGGUUGCCAAAUGGAUUGUUUUUAUUUUUAUAUAUAGUAUAUAUAUGCGAGAUGUAAUAUUGAACACCAAGACACUAUGGAUAGGCCUCAGAUGACCUCUUUACUUCUUUUUCGUAGCCAUAGGUUACAUUUAACUGUAGACAUGUACAUGUGUUUGCUAUUUUACAACCUGUUAUUUUGUUUUAGCUCAGUUUAGCUUCCUAGAUUUGAACAAUUUUUUUUUUUUUUUUUUUUUUUAAAUACCAGCAUGCUGAAUGAUGGCGCCACAAACCGUUUAUCUACCUGCCUGUCCAGAGAACGAGGGAGUACAGAAAGAAAGUAUUAAAAGAAGAGAGCGCUUUUUAAACUGCCGUCUGACAUAAAAACACUACUGGGAGGUUUUAAAGGUGUUCGGUGCUCUCUGCUCUGCUGAACCAGAUAAAUGAAGGAACAUGA